AUGCGACUGAACUCGUCAGCUGCAGCUGUAACUGCAGCUAAGCCUGCAUUCUCAGCAGUGCAACCAAUCACCAAUUUCGAGGAAACGAUAGCCAACAGACCAGACUUUGAUCACUCCAGCAAACCCAUCGAGAUAACAAAGUCCCCAGACCCAUCAUGGUCAUACGGGGAUGGUGUGCGCACUGGUCAAUCCCCCACUGACAAGAUCCACCGAGAGAUCGACCCGUAUUCGCCUGACAGAUCCGUCGGGCAGAACUACCGACUUUUGAUUUCUGGUAUUGCACCACGGCCUGUUGGUUUCAUCAGCACUGUUUCCGGCGAUGGCGGAGUAAAGAACUUGGCGCCUUUUAGUUAUUUUCAGGUCGUUGAUCAUGACCCGCCCAUGUUCAUCGUUAGCUUCUCAUCUCGCUUUGGGUCGGCUAAAGAUACGUAUCAGAAUCUGAAGGAUACUGCGGAAUGUGUCAUUAAUACCGUUUCGGAGAAUAUGAUAGAAGCAGUCAAUGCUUCUUCCAUUGAUGCUCCAUAUGAAGUAUCAGAAUGGGAUAUUACUGGCUUGACUGAAGCUCCAACAACGACUGUCAAGCCGUCCCGCGUUAGAGAGUCGGUACUUUCUAUUGAAGGGCAGGUCGUGGAUAUCAAAGAGUUCGUGAGCAAAAGACCAGGAAUGAGUAAUUAUGGAAUGGUUCUCAUCAAGGCUACAAGGUUUUGGGUUCAGGAAGAUGCUGCCAAUGAAGACUUUAGUCACAUUGAGUUUGACAAGCUACGGCCCAUCGGACAACUGGGUGGCAUGUCGUACGGGCGGAUAUCUUCGACUUUCGAACUUCCGAGGACAAGAUGGACCGAUGAGCAACCUAAGAGUAAACUGUUGACUAAAUUGGAGAAUGAAAAGGCGUCAUAG